UAAACACAGCAAAAGCAAAAUCACUGAAAAAAAAUUAGUAAAGAGUCUGCAAAAUGAUGAGCAGCGGCCCGAGCAAUCCUUCGGCGGCGGCGGUGUUGAGCCCGCAGUACUGCGUGAGCCACCCCGUAGAGUUUACCAUCACGAGGAAGAUGAUGACUAUGCACGCUGGAACUUUUUCAGUCACGGACGCUGACGGCAACAUCGCCUUCAAUGUGCAGGGAAAAUCCUUGAGCCUCCACGACCGCCGCGUAUUGCGGGACACCGCCGGAAACCCUAUUGUCACGUUCCAGCAGAAGCUGAUGACGGCAUAUAGAAGGUGGGAAGCUUUCAGAGGAGAGAGCAGAGAUCCCAAGGAUAUGAUAUUUAGUGUGAGAAAGUCGACGGUGAUGAUGAUGAGGACGAAGCUAAGUGUGUUCUUGGCGGGUAAUAAGGAUGAAGAGAAAGGUGACUACAGAAUUGAAGGCAACUGGUGGGAGAGCUCUUGCACUAUAUACGCUGGACAAACCGAUAAUAUCGUUGCUCAAAUGCACAGGAAACACAGUGUUACAAGCGUUCUAUUUGGGAAAGAUACAUUUUGUGUGACAGUUUAUCCCAAUGUUGAUCAUGCCUUCAUCGUUGCUCUUGUGGUUAUUCUAGAAGAAAUUAACGAAGACAGACACGCUUCUUGAGAUUCAACUUUAUUUUGUUGCUUGCAAGUUGCAACCUUCAUUUUAUUCGUGCAGUGUCCUAUGUAAUAAUAUGAAUAAAAUAUUGUGUUUUUAUUUUA